GCGAGAGAGACGAAAAUGGCGAGGAAUUCAGGGGUUUUGAUACGCCAGUUGCUUGGUAAUCGCAACCACCCGUGUGCUGCAGGUCUUCUUUAUCAUCUUCACCACAAACCCAUCCAAAACCUAACUUCAGUACCAAAUACCGCACCAUCUUCACCGCAUAUAAUCAAUAUCCGUUCCUUUGCGACCCCAAUCUUUCAAUCCGGUCCGGCCCCAAACUUUCAAGUUCUGCAACAGGGACAUUACCCCUCCUCAACCCUACUCUCAGAUUCAGAUUCAGUUUCAAAUAUUUUACUUUCAGGUCACUCAGACCUAUUCGUCAUUGAGAGCCUCAGCAUCUAUUACGAUGCACUUGAUGAAGUUAAAGAUAAACGUAUGUCUGCUGUUUUCUUCUUCACAGCACCCUGGUGCCGGGCUACCCAUAAGUGGAUAACUCCAAUAUUUGAUGAGUUGCGUGAGCAAUUCCCACGUAUAACAAUGUUUAAGGUUUACAUGGACCAGGAUGGCCCUGGACCCACAUUGGAUGUGUUUGGAGUUCAUCGCAAUAUGAAUAUCGCUGGAUCUACAUUGGACAAGUUGGGAAUUCAGGAGACGUCCAUCUGGGAUGAAGAAAAGGAGAAGACAAGGUAAGGAAGAUGACAAGGAUGGAGGAAUUGUUGAAGUACUUCCUAGUAGGCUUCCUGAAACAUCAAUUCAGAAAGUGAUCUUGGAACUUGAACAAUUAAUUUUUUAUGAAGAUGAUCAGGAAGAUGAUUUGGACGAUGAUCUGGACGAUGUUCUGAAAGAUGAUCCAAGACGUGAUCAGGACAAGAUGUGGUGGUUUGCAAAAGGGUUGGUUUCAUGUGAAAAGAAGAUGAAGAUCUUUUGUAAAUUGAAAGAUCCUAAAGCCAAGCUCAAAUGGAUUAAGAGGGAAAUGGCUAAGGAAUGAGCUGGAAGCACCUAUAUUAUGCUUUACGUUUUUUUACUUGUGUCUAUGGUUUAAGACUUGUGUGGUGCUGGAUUUGGAA